AUGGAAGAGCUGUCAAUCGCGCCCAUGCUUCAGGCAGCACCAUGGGCAGAUCUCAGCCCGCCAAGUGACUUCCAUGCGGAUUUUGUGGAGCUAGAAAGCCACCUAAGCUCACAACCAAGAUGGGUACGUAAUGCUAUCUGGAACCUCCUGCGCGAGGAGAGGGACCGCUCCUUGGUGAAUGUUGCUGGACAAGUUGCUGCGUUCCGAGAUAUCGUCGCGAAACUGAUGGAAAUCAACCGUUCAGAGGAGGCGGCAUCCCUGAGGCACUUGCUGAAGGAUGUCCCUAUCUGCAGUGUUCGGGCCUUGGACACCAGAGCGCAUGCGAUCUCCAAAGAUGUGGCCCAACUACAUGAGUGCGCAAGAGAGGGUGACCUUGCACGAAUGGAGGGCCUGGCCCGGCGCAUCGCCAGCAGAGCCACCAACUUCAAGCGCAAGUUUGCUGAGCUGCGACCGAAGCUUGAGAGGCUUGCCGCUGAGGUGGAGAAGGUUGCACGAAUGUGCCAGAAAUCCGGCCAGGCAUCGCAAGAGCUCCUGCAACAGACGCAGGGGAGGCGCGAUUGGUGGUUCUGGCUCUUCGAUCUGAUCGGGAAGUCUGCAGCCUGGACCAGCGGAGCUGUCUUGGCUGGCUCUGUGGGUUCACUUUGCUACCUUGGCUACCUCUACCAGACCAAGGCAGUAGCCAUGGGUGCUGCCAAGGCAACCUAUGCAACUGCCAAGAAGCUUGUGACCGAGAAAGCAGCGUCCGCGCAUGUGGCGGCUGCUCAGGCGGAUGCCGCGAAGGCCACUGCCGCAGCUCGAGCUGCAGAUGUCGCAUCCGCAAACCAUGCCCUUCAGAGUGCUACAGGUGCCGAGGUGGCAACAACUGGCGCCAGUGCGCAUGCUGGGCCCAAAGCCGUGCUGACGAGCCUCGGGCUUGCAGGGAUUUUGGACAUCUUUCUAAUGCAUGGCGUGGAUGUGGCUGUGGCCGCAUCGGAUGCCGCUUCUGCAGCGGCUUCGGCGGCAUCUGCCUCUGCUGCGGCAGCCCACAUGGCCAUGAGCACCGCUGCCUCACAAGCAGCAGCGGCCACGGCAAGUGUGAAUUCGCUACAGGUGGCCAUAGGAUCCUUGUCAACAUCAAUGGUAUCUGUGGCACCUAUUGCAGCUCUCUCAGGUGUGGUCUUGGCGCUGUGCAUGCUCGGUUAUGCUGGCAGACACGUGCUUAAGCGAAUGCUUGGCAAGUUGUGGGCCGAAGAGAUCGAACAUCACGAGCGGACCAGUACCGGAUUCCAGCACAUGGCAGGGCAUCUGCAAGAGGCACUUGCGAAGUUGAGGGCAACAUGCAGCUCCAAUGAGAAGCUUGAGGAGGCAUUUGCUGUCGUUGCCGAAGCCGCUGAAGAACUUGCGGACGAGGCGGAAUGCUGCCAGUUCUACGUGGACGAGGGCGUCGCGGAGGAUGACUUCGCAACCCUGGGUCUCCAGGUGGCAAAGCUGGAAAGCUCGUGCCAAGAGGCUGCCGCUGCUUUCGGAGAGAUGCAGCUCAGCCUCCGAGAAGUCUCUGAAGACCGUGUGAUCAACCGCUUCCUGAUUCAUGACCUCAAAGAGAGUGCUCCCAUCGGCAAUCAACUUGCCCUGGAGCCCGGUGCUCUGGAAGUUCCAGGCGCCACGGCUCUGGGAAACGCCACAAGCGCAGACGCCGAGUUGGUGCCCAUCCCAAGCGGUGCCUGCCAAGAGGAGCUUGAUUUGCAAGUCUUGCUUUCUAGUGUCUUCUGCGGAGCAUUCAGAUUAUUUUUUCAUGCCAAGGCCAGCCAUUCGUAUGCUAUUCGUGGCACUUUCCUGUUCUUGAGCCCCAGUUUCUCAUUGAAUGCAUCAGCUGCGUCUGAGGCCCUCCACCACCCCUCUCCACCCCUCUCCACCCCUCUCCACCCCUCUCCACCCCUCUCCACCCCUCCCUCCGAGAAAGGGCAGCUCCUUGAUGAGAUUCCUGUGGUGGGCUUUGCAUGCAGAGCCGCAGAAGCCACGGAACAGCCGCCCAAAGCGAGCGACUCCUGCCAGGACGGCAGCAGUUUGCUGCAAUCUGAGCAUGGCCAGCUUGACGCUGAGAUUGCGAAGCAGGAGCCGGUACCUAUGGCAGAUAUGGCAGAAGAAGAGGUCUUCACAAGAGACGGGUGGCUCCUCAUCGAGUCCGACAGCCUAGGCCCCACAGUGGAUCAGGCAGCCCCCGAUCCGUGUGUUUCAGAGGAUUGCGUGCCCUGCGGCACGUACCUGCUGGUGCCAACCGAGUGGGCUGCCAGAUUGCGCCGUGUGUGUUGUGCAGCUGGCCCGCAUGGCAAUCGCAUGUGCGAAGUUCUGCUGCAAAGCUCUGCAAGUAGACAGUUGGCGGGCUUUUCCUUGCAGGGUGGUGGGGGCUUCCGAGUCACCAGUGACCAUCCCUUGCGCGUGCGCCGCUCUGGGUCUUGGAUCCACGAGCAGGCCGGUGGCCUUCAGACAGGUGAUGUGGUUGUGACGACCGCAGGUGAAGACCAGCUCGUGCGCCAACCGUCCACCGUCAGUGCUGAGGAUGUAUUCUCCUUGACAAUCAUCGAUCAUCCAUCGUACCACUGUGGAAGAGGUGAGAUUUUUGUGUUUACUCCCAGCCAAGGCCAGAAUGGACAGCUAUCCUUUUCUGGCGUGGCCGUGUUGGGAACGAGCGCCCAGGAAGAGUUGGCCGUGCAAGCUGCCCGCUCCGCUUCUGCGCCGCCACGUCUACGUGACCUGCGCGACCUGCCCUCGGAAGGGUCUCGCCUUCACCCGCGGGACAGCACUCGCUGCCAAAAUGUCUGCAAGCAGUUCUUACGCGGGCAGUGCAGCCGUGGCCAUGAGUGCCGUUUCUGCCACUUCUCCCAUCCUGAUGAGCCCAAGCGCAGCUACCGAGGCCCCAGGUCCAAGAGAGGAUAG